CUUUUUGAAGGUGCAACAACAACAUUCAUGCUCUCAAUAAUUGUACUUCCGCUUUCUUUGCCAAUGGGUUGAAACAAUCUUUCACAGGUUCUUAUUAUUAUUUCUCACAUAUACUACCUAGUAUACAGGUAAGCUGAGCGGGACCAUGAUGAAACCAGGGGACAGUGCGCGAAACACCCUCUCCGUCCCAGAUAUCAUCAAAUUUUUCCGAGCAAAGUCUGUCCACCAGUCAGUAGCUCUGACGUACAGCUGCGAGGUUCUUACUUGUCUGCAGUCAUCUGCCGCAGUCUUCGUACUUCUGAACAGGGGCAGCGCUCAGCCUAGAGUCUUACGCCAAACGCAGUAAUGCUUGAGACGCUGAACCAACCUCGAUAUAGUCUUGUUCCAAAGUGAAAGAGCACAUUUUUGCCAGUGUAUGUAAUCUUCCGGUUAGGCUUUUUCCCUCUCGUGUCGCAUAUACCAAUUCUUUACAAGUUUAUGGCGGCUUUGCAUGAUGUCUCUUUGUACGACCUUCGGUUCGUCCCCAGGUUCAAAUUCAAUGCAUGACCAUUCCGAGAAUAGCAUAGAUCGUCCACACUCUCUUGACUGUCUGCCAAAACGCACUCUUUUCUCCACUUCAGUAGCUAGUUCCGAUCUCUUGGAAGGCCCAAGAUUCACGACUUGGCUGCUUCCUGAUUGCUUUUCCUUGUCAACUGUUUGUUCUCUUACUUGCAUUCUACACACGACUGGUUCGUGACGUUCUUUCUUUCAUUAUUCUUUCUGAGAUCCGGUAUCUACAUUAUCACGCUCACUCUUCUUGUAUUUCGAGCCAAGGAAAACACUCAUUGGUUCAUGACCAUAUCCGAUUAGCUUCUGUCGGUCGCGAUACGGGCAGCGGCGACUUGCUGGAGGAAUGAAUACGACAAUGGCACCAAUGAGAGAGCAAUCAGAGCAACACAUGAACCAAUUGGUUCGAAGGAAUGUUAUGUUGAACGGUCUGAUAUUGGCGAAAAAGGAUGGAAGCGACAAUGGUAGUGGAGAUGGGUACGUCAGUGAUAACGGGAAUAGAGACGGAAGCGCCACAGAUAAUGGAGGUGGAAGCUACAAUGAUAAUGGGAAUAGAGAUGGAAACAGCAAUGAUAAUGGGAAUAGAGAUGGAAACAGCAAUGACAAUGGGAAUAGAGAUAGCUCAUCAAUUCCAAUGGUCACAAGGACUGCGUGGACCCAAAUAACAGAUACUGCUUGGACUACACAAACUGCAACUGCCUGGACCACGCAAACUACGAUCACUACUUUGUCAAGUGUAAUGACUGUCGUUGUUGUCGCUACCCCAAGUCCUACAUCAACAUCAGAAUCUGCUCCGUCAACUUCUGUAAGUUGGGACGAAAGCUUUUCGUCAGCCGGAUGUACUAACUACAUACAGAUAUCCAUCACGUCUGCUGCGCCAUCAGUUCCAACAGGGUCAUUAACGUCAUUUAGCAUGCCGAGCUCCGAGCAGCCGGGAAGGAAAGGAUUAUGUACCAUUUCCGAUGGAGCUCCAUGCGAUUUUGCUGCGGCUACCACGUCUACUUUAAGUGCCUUUGUGGCCAUCAGUGCAAGUGCUGCACCAACUCCUUUUGAAGAUGACGCUUCAUCACUUCCUUCAGGGAUACCUUCUCAAUCUCAGAGCGAGGGUGACCACGAUAAUGGCGAUUUAGGUCCUUUAGCAGAGAAGCUUUUGAUAAGUGCUGGUUCGAUAGGUUUGUUUGUUGCGCCGAAUAGAAUGAUGUCUAAUCAAUGCUGAUCUUGGUAAAUAGGAAUAUUCGUCAUCCUUGGAGCUAUUAUAUAUCUUGUCAUGAGAAUGAAGAAGAUAAAUCGGCUAGCAAGGGGAGAGAUAUCAGAGGAAGAAGCUCGUUGGUAUGGGUGGAGGAGAAACAGAGAUGGCUCCGGUCGUCCUCCCAGUUAUGUUAGCGGCAAACUUUCACAAAACGGGUAUUUUAUUGGUGAGAAGUACGGUGAAAGGGAAAUGGCUGGCUACAACAUUCCCGACAAUAAAGUAUCUCUCGGGCGUCCAGGAUCUGCAACUGUAAAUUUAAGAGAGUUACGUACGGAUCUCCAAAGACAAAACUCGAUCAGAAGCAAUCAGUCGGGGUCAGGCAUGUCUCCUAGUCCAGUUUCCGGUCCAGGUCAAUCAUAUGGGCCUCCAAGCAAUGCAGAUUUCUAUUAUUCUCAAGUGGGAACUAUUAGAUCUCAAAAUUCAGGACUAUCUUCAAAUGCUUAUGAUCCUUCUCAAAAAGAAGCCAAUCAUAUCAGUUACUUAUCCUCAAUAUCGUCAGGAUUCGGCGAUUCACUUGUAAUGCCUGACGACAGUGCUCCUCCUCAAAUUCCAGUCUCUCGAUUUUCUUGGACGACUGCAUCCCAAGGUGCGCCACAGAACCGAGAUACCAUAUAUACAACAACGUCCGAGGAGUCAGCUCCACGAUUUCGUACUGUCAGAUCAUGGGUAGCUCAACAAACGGGACGGAUGGAAAGGAAACAAAGUAACAUGGAAGUGCCAGCAAUGCCAGAAAUUCCUAUUUCGUAUACCCACCGGUCACAAGUUCCUGAUCCUUUAUUCGCUGAGGCACAUCGACGGAAAGCGAGUGAGAAUCCGGCUUUUAGACAUCACCCCGGUGAUGAAAUUGAAUUUGGAAGAGGUUCACGUGUUCCGAGUUCAAUUCUAGAUAGAAGUAUUGGGUUUUAAUUAAAAAAGAAACAGAAGAACUCAAACAGAGCGUGUGGCGUACGAAAGAUGAAGUUUCACGAAAUCUUGAAUCUACAUUCCAUUGUUGUACAUAUAUGUCCACCUACCUAUUUGUUCGUUCCAGCCUGGUGCUUGAUUCGAUGAUAAUUGCAUAGCGUGGAGCGGGGAGCAUUUGUUAGUUUUUUGGGUUUAGAGGUUGAUUGGUUGAUUGGAUGGAUGGAUGAAUGAUUUAUUGAUUUUCUAUUGUAUUUUUUCGGGUUCCCGGAGAAAAGGGAGCAGAGAUUGACAGGUAUAACAUAUUUUAAUGUCAUGACGAGGACGGGGAUAGGGAUGGAGAUGGAGAUGAAGUGGGGCGAUGAUAUGUGCU